GUACAUACAUCAUGGUUGAAUGUCUACCAAUCCAACUUUGAUAAUUUUCUGUAUUAUACGAAACAAAAUUUCAGAAAAUAAAUAUUUUACAAUAUACUGUCUAUUUACUUAUACAAGAGGUAAUUUAAAAAAAAAAAGAUGUAAUGAAAAAUAAAACUUCUUUGUAAUAUUACAUAAAAAAAAGGAUUUUAUAGAUGUCAACAAAUCACUGUAUAAAUAUAACCUAAAAACUUUCCAACCUGUUUUACAGGAAUAAAAACACAUGUCAUUAUGUCAUAUUUUGCCAACGAAUGCUUUGUCUGUAAAUCGACAGAAACAUUGGAAAUAUGCGGCAAUUGUAAUAUGAUAUCAUAUUGUGGAUCAAAACAUCAAAAAUAUGAUUGGCCAAAACAUAAAGAAUUUUGUAAUGUAAUUUCUUGUCUACUUAAAGAAACUGGAUUAUCACAUAUUUAUGAAAAACAAUUAAAUUCCGAUUUACAAACAUGGAUAAAAGAACGUGAACGUAUGUCACAAUUAAUAGAAACAACACUCGGUCGUUCAUUACAUCUUCAUGAAGAACAAAUGAUUUUAAUGCCAAGAUCAUGUUUUGUUUGUCACGAAACAAGACAAGAAUUACUUAAAAAUUGUCCCAAAUGUUUGUGUGUUAAUUUUUGUCAACAACAUCAAGAAUUAAAUUUACAACACAAUAAAGAUUGUUUAUCAUUGAAAUUAUUUCACGAUUUAGAUGAAAAAAUUCAAAAUCCAAAUAAAUUGAGAAUUAUAAUGGGAAUAUUGAAAAAAAUUGUUACAAUAACAUUUGAUAUAAUUCCAGAAACAAUGGAAAAUUAUUUAAAUCAAUUUUUGACGAAUGAUAAUGACGAUGAUGAUGUAAUUUUAAUAAAAUCGUGUAUUUCAAAUAUUUUAACAAUGCCAUUGACACUUUUUAAUGCGGUGAAGAAACUUAAACUUGAUAAUCGUUCGGAAUUAAUAAUACACGUUCGUUGUGAAUUACCAGAUUCUAUUGUUUGGGAACUUCUUCUUCAUUUUCUACCAAAAUUGUCAUUUUUAAAAAUUAUUUUCCUCAAUCAAUCGGAAUGUUUGAAGACAAAAAUGAAAUUGUGCAACGAUUGUUGUGAGAAGGAGAAAAAAUUAAUUUUACAAAUGAAAAAUUUGAAUUAUGAGAAUUUUGUUGAAGAUGAAUUAUACAUUAAACCUGAUUUACUUGCUUAUAUGCCAGCUGAAGAAGAGGAAGAGAAUAAUUCAAAAUGGGAAAAUUUAUUGGAAAUUUUCAGUAGAAUUGGUUGUCCAUUAUUAUUAACAUGCGUAACGGAAAUGAAAUUAAAUCGUGUUGUUGAAAAUUUAAAAAUGACAUUUUGGACAAAUUUAAUAUUAAAUGAGGAUUUAAAUGAAUUUGGUGCUUUGGAACCAUUACGCGAAUGGACAAACAAUGGAGUUGGUAAAUUAAAUCAAUUUAUGAUUAUUGCUGAUUCAUUUAAAAAUUAUUGUCGCGCCAAACAUUUUGCCAAUGAUUCGCCAUUAUUGUUAAAAAAAGAAAAAGGUGAAUAUUGGAAUUCACAAUAUUUUUUUUUCUCCCACAUUUGUCGUGGUUGUCGUGAAAAAUCAUCAAUUAUCACUUGUAAAUAUUGUAAUAUGAUUUUUUAUUGUUCUGAAUUGCAUAGAAGAGAAGAUUGGUAUCAACAUAAAGAUCUUUGUAAAUUAAUACAAAAAUUACUUAUUGAAUCGGGUAGAAAAAAUAUAUUUGCCGGUGAAAUUGAUUUAAUGGAUUGUAAUAAAGUGACGAAUGAAAUUUGGUUAGAGGUAAAAUUAAAUGUUAUAAAAAAAAUUGAAUUUGAAAUUGAACGUGAAUUAUUAAUUUAUGAACAACAAAUGUUUUUAUUUCCAAAAGCAUGUUUUGCAUGUCACGAAUGUGAUUUAAUGAAACUUUAUAUUUGUCGUUGUGGUAUUGCAUUAUGUAAAAUACAUAAAGAUUAUCGUGGUCAUAAAUUAAUAUGUAAUGAUUAUUAUUUAAGUUAUUUGUUACAUGAGAAUGAAGAAAUUGUUGAAUUUUCAUCGAAAUUUGAAUUUCUUGCCGCUGAAUUUGAUGAUAAUUUGCCAAAUUCAAUGCAAGAAUUUUUGGAAUUAUGGCUUAUUUUAUUGGAAACAGAUAUUAUUAUCACGAGUAUUGAAAAAAUAAUAAUUGCCGAAUUAUUAACAAGGCCAUUAACAUUGUUGUGUGCUAUGAAAAAAUUGCCAAUUAAUUUCAAUGAAAAUAAAAUAUUAACAAUACACGUGAUUGGUUCGAAUAAUUCAAAAUAUGCAAACGAUGAAUAUUGGAAUGUUUUUUUCUAUUGGUUAAAAAUGUUAAAUAAAAUAAAUAUUAUAUUUAUUGGCAUAAAUACAAAGGAAGUGAAUUAUACGAGAAAUUCAUUUGGUAAUUUAAAAAAUUUAACAUGUAAAUCAUAUUCAUUGACGUAUGAACAAUUUGUAUUGGGAAAAUUUUUUAUAAAACCAGAUAUAAUUGUUGGCUAUGAUUUAGAUAUACAUGAGUGUGAUGUUAAAGCGUGUAAUUGUAUAAAAGAUAUUUUAGUGAUAAAUAAAAUGAAUGUACCAUUUAUAUUAACAGCGGGAACAAAAGAACGUGCUAUUAAUGAUAAUCGAAAAAUUUCACAACUUUUUCAACCUUCAAUUACACCUGAUUUGGUUUAUUUAAAUCCAUUUGCAUCGCUAGAGCCAAUUAGGGAUUUUGAGACUGAAUAUUUACGUUAUUUAAAUAAAUAUGUUAUUAUUUAUUGGAAAUGGAUAAUAGCGAGAGAUGAGAAAAUUGAUAUUUUUCAAAAGCAAAUUUCUAAUUCGUCGCGAAGUUUUGAAUUGGAAAAAAAAUUAUCUGAAUUAUUUACAAAAACAAAAAUUAAUGUCGAUGAUGUUGAAACAAAUGAUAAUAAAUCGAGAGAUAUUAGGGAUGAUUAUAAAUUUGAAGAUGAAAUAAGACCACAAAUUUCGAGUGUAUUUGCAGCAAGUUCGGAAUUGAAAUAUUUACUUAAAGAUUAUGAAAGUAAAUCGAAUGUAAAUUUAGAAAAGCCAAGAAGAACACUCGAUGAACCUGAUUUACGAUUUGUUAAAUGUACAAAAAAAAUUGAUUUGCAAUUGAAUUUAAGUGAAGAGAAAAAUGAAAUUAAUCACAAUAAUGAGGAUGUUGAAGUUAAAUGUCGCGAAGUAUUUGAAAGUUUGUUAAAUAGUUCUAAUACUGAAAAUAUCAACGAAAUUGAAGAAAACGAAAUAGCCGAUGUUGAAAUUGACGAAAAUGAAAAAAACUCAAUUUAAUACAAAUUAUUGUUGCAAUAUUUCAUAUAUUUCAAAAUAAUUCAUGGAAUUUUUAAAGAAAAGAAAAAAAAGAAAUUUUUUUAGCAAUAUUUCAAUGGAAUUUUACUAAAAAAAAAUAUUUUUAUUUAAUUUCUGAAGAAAUUUGAUUACUAAAAAAUAGGCUUCGAAAUAUAAAAAUAUUCAACAAUAAAUUGUUAUCAAAAAAAAAAUUCCAAAGAAAAAAUUUUCUUAUAACAAUUUUUUUUUCCAUUUAAAAUAUAAUUUUUGUUACUUUUACUUAUUAAUAUGUAAUUUUUAUAAUUAUUAAUAUUAAGGGAAUUUUUUGUAAAAUCUAAUAAUUUGUACGAAAGAAAUAAAUAUAUUUU